GGAGGCGGCGACGCAAGUGGCCGGGGGAACGUGCUUUGUCUGACGCAAAUGGGCGAUGAAAAGGGAUCUUGGAAAGUGAAAACGUUAGAUGAGAUUCUUCAGAAGAAACGCCGAAAGGAGCAAGAGGAGAAAGCAGACAUAAAGCGCCUAAAAAAUUCUGAUGAUCGGGAUUCAAAGCGCGAUUCCCUUGAAGAAGGAGAGCUGAGAGAUCACCGCAUGGAAAUAACGAUCAGGAAUCCCCCCUAUAGGAGGGAGUAUUCUAUGGAAGCCCGGGGGGAGGAAGACGACUCCCUCGCUAUCAAACCACCCCAGCAAAUGUUGCGGAAGGAGAAAGCCCACCACAGGAAAGAUGAGAAGAGGAAAGAGAAACGAAGGCAUCGCAGCCACUCGGCAGAAGGGAAGCAUGUUAGGGUGAAAGAGAAGGAACGUGAGCACAAACAUAAGAAAAGGCAUCGAGAAGAGCAGGAUAAGGCCCGCCGUGAAGCAGAGGAGGAGAAAGAGGAGGUCGCUAAGGCCAGCCUGCAGUCCAUGACAGAGGGAAACAACAUCCUCUAUUCACCUGUGGAGCUGAAGCAAGAGCUACCCAAGUACCUUCCUGCCCAUCAGGGCUGCCGUAGUGUGGAGGAGUUCCAAUGUUUGAACCGAAUAGAAGAAGGAACAUACGGCGUGGUGUACAGAGCCAAAGACAAAAAAACAGAUGAGAUUGUAGCCUUGAAGCGGCUGAAAAUGGAAAAGGAGAAAGAAGGUUUCCCCAUAACGUCGCUAAGGGAAAUCAACACCAUCCUGAAAGCACAGCACCCAAACAUUGUCACUGUGAGGGAAAUUGUUGUCGGCAGCAACAUGGACAAAAUCUAUAUUGUCAUGAAUUAUGUAGAGCACGACCUCAAGAGUCUCAUGGAAACGAUGAAACAGCCGUUCUUGCCAGGUGAAGUGAAAACAUUGAUGAUUCAACUACUACGGGGUGUCGAACACCUUCAUGACAACUGGAUUCUGCACCGAGACUUGAAGACUUCUAACCUGCUGUUGAGCCAUGCUGGCAUUUUAAAAGUUGGAGACUUUGGGCUGGCCCACGAAUAUGGGUCACCUUUGAAACCGUAUACACCCGUAGUUGUGACAUUGUGGUACAGGGCUCCAGAGCUCCUGCUUGGAGCCAAGGAAUAUUCCACAGCCAUUGACAUGUGGUCUGUGGGUUGUAUAUUUGGAGAACUCCUAACCCAGAAGCCGCUAUUUCCGGGGGAGUCAGAAAUAGACCAAAUUAACAAAGUUUUCAAGGACUUGGGAACCCCAAGUGAAAAAAUCUGGCCUGGGUAUAACGAGCUGCCAGCAGUUAAGAAGAUGACCUUCACAGAGUACCCGUACAAUAACCUCCGCAAGAGGUUUGGGGCUCUGCUUUCUGACCAGGGGUUUGAUCUCAUGAACAAGUUCUUGACAUACUACCCAGGCAAAAGAAUCAAUGCGGAAGAUGGCUUGAAGCACGAGUAUUUCCAAGAGACCCCUUUACCUAUCGACCCAUCCAUGUUUCCAACGUGGCUGGCCAAAAGCGAGCAGCAGCGGGUGAAACGUGGGACAAGUCCACGGCUUCCCGAGGGGGGCUUAGGGUACAGCCAACUGGGUGACGAUGACCUGAAGGACACGGGUUUCCACUUGACAACCACAAACCAAGGGGCAUCAGCUGCCGGCCCAGGUUUCAGUUUGAAGUUCUAAGCAGAAGGCAAAACAGGUGGAGAAAAAGACAGUGGGAAGCGAAAGCGGUGAACGUUUCACUCUUUGCCAGCACAGUUGGCAAGAACUCUUGUUUUGUUCCUCCAGUUUGGAACUGUUGCUUUAUUUCCUGCGGAACAUUGCCUGUGAGUGGAAAGGCUCCCUCCCCUGUCCAGAAUGCAAUACGGUGUUCCAUUCGGAGGAUUGGAAUUAAUU